AUGUCGACAAGGCACGGCAGUACUGCCAACGGCAGCUCCACGCACGUCCGCGAUGCCUACCUCGCUCUCCGCACCCUGAAUCUUGAGCUCGUCCGGCUGCCCGAGGUGGUCACGAACCCGACCAUCGGCGCCAUGCGCAUGCAGUUCUGGCGUGAGUCCAUCGACAAGACCUUCGCCGGCAACCCACCGGCCGAGCCGACAUGCGUGCUCCUCCACGAAGCCGUGACAUCGCUGCAGUCCCGCAGCAGCGGCAGCGGCAGCGGCAGCGCCCGCGCGGCGGCGACGCAGAUGAAGUUUUGGAUCCAACGCGUCAUCCGCACGCGCGAGCGGCACAUGGACAACCGACCCUUUGCAACGCUCGCAAGCCUCGAAGAGUACGCUGAGAACACGUACGCGACGCUCAUGUACGCGACGCUCGCGGCGCUGCCGGUGCAGUCGGUGCACGCCGACCACCUCGCGAGCCACAUCGGCAAGGCGGCCGGCAUCGUGGCCGUGCUGCGCGGUGUGCCGGUGCUCGCGGCGCCGCAGCCGGCCGUAGCGGCACCCGACGGCAGCGCGGCGCAGGUCGGGCGCGGGCGCGACCCCGUGCUGCUGCUGCCGCUGGACGUGCUCGCCGAGGCCGGCGUGCGCGAGGAGGACGUGUUCCGACGGGGGCCCGAGGCCGCGGGGUUCGAGGACGCCGUCUUCGCCGUGGCGACGCGGGCCAACGACCACCUCAUCACGGCGCGGGAGAUGCUCAAGAACCUCCGGCUCGGCAAGGAGGCCGGGCACGCGUUUGAGCACGAGGGCGAGGAGGGGCACGUCUACGCGGCCGGCGAGAGCGACGCCGCGCGCGACAUUCGGCAGAGCUUCAGCGUGCUCAUGGAGGCUGUGCCGCCGCAGGCGUACCUGACGAACCUGGAGAAGGCGAAUUUCAACCCGUUUGCCGUGCGGGCGAGCUGGAAGCUGCCGUGGAGCAUCUGGCGGGCGGGGAUGAAGCAGCAGAUUUAG